AUGGAUUCUCAGCGGGAACAAAAUUCAGAUUCACCUCGACUGGAAGCUGUGAUUCAGAAACUGGAGGAGUCAAUUCUCUCAGAGGGCAGUUCUCGAGAGGGGGCUUUGACACUUCGAGGAGUUGACCUGGAAUCCACAAUGUCACCUAUCCCUGUGUCCAAUCGCAUCCGUCAGAUCAUCACCCAGAGCCUGUCUGAGGAGCCCAGCUCUCACACAGAUGAGCUGGAGGAUUGCAGGGCCCUGAGGGAGCAGUUUUGUUUGAGCUCUCCAGACUGUGACCAGCCGUUAGUCAAGACGAGCCCCACAAACAAGCUUGACCAGGUGCUCCGAUUGCACUCAUCGGCGGAGUCUGACCAAGACAGCUCAUCAGGAAAUCUACAUGUGCAAAGCCAGGAGAGGACUUACUGGCAAAAACUGCAGCUGUACCAGGAAGCUCAGCAGAGGCAAGCACAGCUCGUUCAGAAACUUCAGGCCAAGGUUCUUCAGUACAAAAAACGAUGUGGGGAUCUUGAAGUGCAGGUCCUGGAGAAGACUUCAGAAUCAGAAAAAAUGAGACUGUUGCUGCAGAGCCACUUGGACUCAGCCCAGCGACAGCAGCACACAGAGGACGAGCUCAGCCUCCUGAUCCAGAGGAAGGCCGCUCAGCUGGAGGAGGAGCAGAAGAAGUGUGCCAGUCUCAGCCAAGUCAACUCUGUGCUUAGAGACCAACUGGAGCAGGCUGGCAUUGCGAACCAGGGCCUCACGGAGAGUCUACUGAAGGCUCGGACAGAUCUGGAGCUGUAUGAGACACAGAUGAGAAAAGAGCAAGAGACCAGCGCCUCCCGCCUCAGCCGUGAGCAGGCCCGUGUCAGGGCUCUGUGGCGCCAGGCUGCCUCCCUGCGAAGCACUUUCACGCAGCUAAGGACUUUCACUGACAGAACCCUUUCAGAGCUGCGCGGGGAGUGUGUAGCUGUCAGCAGAGAGCUGCAUGGAGUCUGCAAGAGCCUAGAGGCCAGAGUCACACGGGAGAGUGCCCCUUGUGGAGAGGAAUCAGAAGUGGAGGGACAACUGAGGGACAAACUGAAAGAAGCCAUGCAGUUGCAGGGUCGAUGGGACGCAGAGAAAGUGGAGUUGAAUUCAAGAAUGUUGGAGUUGAGUGACACAGUCAAACAUCUACAAACCCAGAGCAGUGUGAAGGACGCCAGCCUGGACACCAUGCAGAUCAGCCUGCACAGGAUGGAGAUGAGGAGAGCAGAGGAUAAAGCAGAGAUGGAGGCACUACAAACAGAAAACCAAGCUCUGCAGAAGGUCAUACACCACAUACACCAGAUGGUGAUUAGUGAAAAUGAUAAUGGCAGCCCUGACAGCCCAUCCAGCUUCCUUCAUCAUGGCUCGUCUCCCCAAAGAAACCCCACGUUGAUAGCUGUUCAGAGCGCUCUUUCUAAACAACAGAAGCAUGCACAGGACCUACGCGGAUGUCUGGAUGAUGUUUUGGAGCAGGUCAGCACACUGCGUACCAGACUGCAGGUGAAUGAAGCUGAGAGGAAAGAGUUGCAGCAAAAGAUACAGGAGGCUCAGAGAGAAAGUCAAGAGGCACGAACAGCUCUGGAGGCAAAUCUCAGGGAAUCCCAGAGCUCACUAGAACUCAUCUCCAGUGAGAAGAGCAGCCUGGAGAGGCUGGUGUCAGGACUGCAGCAGGAGAUGGAUUCCCAGCGGAUGGAGCUGGACAGACUGAGGGGCUCAUCACAGGAGCUGCAGAGACAGAGGGACGUCCUGAGGCAGCAUAGAGAGGACCUCCAGCUGCAGCUCACACGUCAGCACACAGAGGCCCAAAGGAGUGAGAGGAGUCUUGAGGAGCUUGAAUCUAAGCACUCUGAUGUACGUAAGGAGCUGGUGAUGGUUAAAGAAGCAUUGAGUCAAAUGACUCUUCAAAAAGAGCUGCUGGAAGAUGACAAGGCUAGUCUUUCUCUGGCUCUCAGUAAGAUUGAGUCCCAGUGCACCACACAGGAGCUCUCUCUUGCCAAAAUGCAGAAUCAGGAGGCUGCACUGAAAGACUCUCUGUCCAAGAUGGCGACUCUAAGUGAAGGCUUAGCCAAAGACAAGGUGGAACUCAGCCGGGUUUUGCUGCAGACAGAGAGUGAGAAGGCUGAACUUGGAGAGCGCAGGCGUGAAGCUGAGGUGGAGCGCGCUGUAGCCAGAGAGGAGGCUGUGAGGCUGCAGCAGGACAUGAUAGAUCUGCUGGCAGAGAAACAGAGUCUGGAGAAGUCCCUGAGCCACACGCAGCGAGUGCUCCAGGAGCUGGAGUCUGAGCUCAGGCUGCUGCACACAGAGAACACACAGGCCACAGAGCAGCUCUCUCAGGUCAACAAGCAGAUGCAGAGUGUUUCAGAGGAGCUGUGUGCGUGCAGGAGGGAACUGGGGACUCAAAGCGCGGCCUUAAAGAGAGCGUCCAGUGAGCGGGACGAGCUGGCCAGGGACAGAGCUGCUCUGGAAGUCAAACUGAGCUCUGCUGAGCGAAAGCUUUCCGACCUCAUGGAGGAACUGGCAGCACUUAGGUUGAAGAAGGAGUCGCUGGAGACCUCACUGUUUGAGAGCCAGCAGCUUGUUUCUUCUCUGGAGGCCGAGUGCUGCAGGAUGGAUGGGGAGAGGCGCAGUUUACUUGCUGCUAACGAGGCCUUGACGCGUGAAGUAGCAGAGAUGCGUGCAGAUGCUGAGAGUCAGUUUCAUGCAGCCACACAAGAGCAUUGUAAACUGGAGGAAAAGUUGGAAAGGCUGGAAAGGAACGCAGAAGCAGCUCUGAAACAGAAAGAGCAAAGUCACAGAGAGCAACUGGAGGCUGAACAAAAGCAGAAGGAGCGUGAGUUUGCAGAGCUUGCAGCACUGAGGGAUCGGGCUGAGGAGCAGCUGAGGAGACAGUGUGAGGAGCAGCAGUCGCACAGUCAGAAGGAGCUAAAGCAGGUGCAGGAGGAGCUGGCCAAACUUCAGCACGAGUCCAACCAAAGCCUCCUGAACGCAGAGAGCGAAAAGCAGCAUGCUCUGUCCCAGAUGGAGGCUGAGAAGGCUGCCCUUGCUGAGAAGCUGGCAGCUCUGGAUCAGGACCUGGCCACUGCAGAGAUGGAGCUGGAGCAUAUUAAGAGGGAGGCUCAUAGCAAAGAAGAGCAGGACAAGAAUGCACUGGAUGUCCUUCGCUCUGAGCUGCAACGGCUCCAGGCACACUUUGAGGAGUCGCUGGAUGCACAUGAGGCUGACAAGAGGAGUUUGACUGAGCAGAUAAAAGAGCUGAAUGAACUAAAGGAAAGGGCUAAGCUGGAGGUAGAAGGCCUCUGCCAAAAGUUAAAAGAAACUGAAGCUCAAGUGGUCCAACUCCGAGCCGAGCUAAUUGAGGCUCAUAGAGGGCUUCAGGAGAGUGUUCAGCAGAGAGACAAGCAACACAAAGAAGUGCUGGACCUCAAAAGAGUCUUGACAGAUGUGACCAGGGAGAAGGACGCCAUUCAAGAGACAAAUGAUGAGCUGAGGAUUCUUAUCAAGAAAGCAGAAAGUGACAAUAGCAGCUUGAGACGGAAUGCAGAAGAGAGAGAGCAAAAAGUUUCCAUCUUAGAAGAAUGUAGAAGUUCAAUUCAAGAGGAGACCAAUACUCUACGGAGCACUUUGAGAGAGCUGGAGAAAUCUCGCCUGGAAGCACGUAGAGAGCUGCAGGAGCUGCGGCGACAGGUGAAGAGUCUUGAUGGGGAGAACAAACAGCAGAAGCAGGAGCUGAAGGAGCUUUACGGUCGUAUUUGUCAGGAGGAGCGGAAAGAAGAGGAGGCGCGACGUGAGGCUUUCACUCUAAAGCAGAAAUUGCUGGAGAGUGACUCUGGUAGAGACGCAGCGCUCAGUGAGGUUGCGGGAUUGCAGCGGCGUAUGGUUGAACUAGAAACAUCUGAGCAUCAAAACCAAAAACGUGUGCUACAACUGGAGUCCAAUCAGUUGCAACGUGAGCAGAGGCACAGAGAGGCCACUGCCCAGCUGGAGGGGGCGCUAGAGGAUGCUAUGGUCCAGAUAAGGCAGCUCUCAAUGCAGGGAGACCUCAGUGAGAGUAAGACGCAGGGCCUGGAAAAGCAGCUCCACUUGGGCAAUGUUAGAAGAAGAGAUCUGGAGUCACAGCUGGCUGGGCUACACUCAGCACUACGCCGCACGGUUCUUAAUCACACACCGGCCACAAAUGGUUCUCACAGAAGAUCUCCAUCUCCAUGGAGAAAGCAAUUUAAAAAGGCUGAGGAAGUGGAUGUAGAAACAGUGCAAAUUGUACUCCAGGAACUGCAAAAGGAGCUGAAAGAGGCACGGAGAGACAGGGAUGAAGCAUGGGCCCAAAUUGACAAUUUAAGAUAUCAAGUAACAGAACUUCAGGACAACCUUAAAAAAUCUUCUAGUCAAAUUGAACUGUUCCAGAAGUCCUUAAAACAAUCUGAGGCUGGAAAAAGAGAGGUGGAAGAGCACUUGCACAAAGCUCUGACUUCUUUAACUCUUCAGGAGGAAACAGUGCACCGAACUGAAAGAGAGAAAAGAGUCCUUCAGGAUGAACUGACUCACCUUAAAAAUACUCUACAAUCAGCAGAAGCAGAGUCGAGAGCACUGCAAGACAAACUGGAGCUGUAUCAGAGCUCAGGAUCUCAGGCUGAUGCUGAGCAGCUGAAGCUGAAGGAGGCUCUUGAGGCAGCUGAGGGUCAGGUGAAAUGUCUAGAGCUGUCCAAGCGCACCCUAGAGGGAGAGCUGCAGAGAUCUCAGCUGAGAGCGGCCGAGCUAGAGGCCCAGGCAGGAGCACUGCAUCUCAGGCUGAAGGAUCUCCGGAGGAGGCUGGGAGAGAGUGAGGAUCAGUGCUCUGCUUUGAGGCUGAGUGAGGAGAAGCUUAACACACAACUGUCUAGAGCUGAAACACAGGAGGCUCAGCUGAGGGAGCAAAUCCACAAACUGUCCUUGUCUGUAAGCGACAGCCACGACAGCACACACUCUCUACAGGAGCAGGUCACUCAACUCCAGAGUGCUCUCAGCGAGUGUGAGCAAGACCGGCGCACACUACAGGAACAUCUGGAUAAAACACGAGAAGCUCUUUCUGAGUCUAAAAGGCUGAACCACUCUUUGACAGAGAAGACCCAAAACAUUCAAAUGAGUCAGGAAGACUCAGAGUUAAAAUACUCAGAGCUGGAAAGACUUCAUAACACACUGAAGGAGAGCUUGACACAGCGACAAAAUGCAGACCUUGAUGGCCAAAAGAGACUCCAGCAGCUCCAGCAAGAGAAGAAUGAUCUGCAGGAGAAAAUAAAAGCUCUCCAAGGCGCCUUACAAAAUGUUCAGAGCGAAAGGGCAGAGAUGAAGAGGAAAGUUACACUGCUGAGUAAAGACAAAUCAGCUCUGAGGAAGUCCCUGGAGAAGGUGGAGAUGGAGAGGCUAAGGAAAGAGGAGGAGGUGGCAGCAGUGACCAGAGACAAGCAGAGACUGGGGGAAACUAUCCACGAGCUGGAGCAGGAGAUUACAGAAAAGCAGAGAGAAAUGCAGGUUAUCCAGGCUCAUAUAUCCCAGCUGGAGCAUUCUCAUGCACAGCGCCUCCUGGAGGUGACAGCACGACAUCACCAGGAGUUGGACUUGGAGACAGAGUGUCUGAGAGCAAGCCAGCUCCAGGCAGAGCAGGCUUUAGAGAGCCGGGAGAAGGCCCAUCGCCAGAGGGUCAGAUGCUUGGAGGAGCAGGUAUUGACUCUUAAAGAGCAACUCGAUCAGGAGACACGGAGACGACAGUCCUAUUUUCAUCAGAUGCUGCAGCCCGGCGUGUAGGCAGAAAGUAUGUAGCACCUCCGACGCCACACUCACUGUUCCUAUGGCAGACUCCCAGAAACGCUACAUUACGAGCUACAUCCACAUUUGGGACACAAACAGCCCUCGGCACUUGCUCCCACCCAUGCACAUGUGCACACGGAUUACAUUAAUCUGCAGAAAAACUUAACAACAACAAACAAUGAGUGUUUUGUUUAUGAGUGGACUGGAUGUGCCAAAUUGUUUAAGGAUUUCCUCUGGCUCUCUACUGUUGGUGCUUCUAAGUCUGUUUAUGCUGUGUCAAUUUUUUAGGAAAUCGUGUGAUGAAAGAUUUCCUUAGAUGGUGCUUAACUCAACAGAAUCAUUUGUUUACUUAUUGUCAUCAUGUUUCAGAUGUCAUUCAUGAUCAACAAUUAUGCUAAAUAUUUAUAUUUUAAUUACAACAUGAAUAAUAAUGUGAUCUAUUAUGGUAACAGGGUACCGCAUAUUUUCAUACUUAUGAACUUAAUUA